AUGAUAUAUCCAAAGUCCUACGUAAUUGAAGUAGUUGAAGAAAUUGGCAAUACAGUUCAGAUUAGGUAAAAUACUACAUCUAUGGAAGAUAUCUGUUACCUAUAUGAUAACUAUUUUAAUUUUUAAAAACUGAUCAAUAACACUAAAUUAUAUUAUUUGUUGAUAUGAAUAAUUUAUUAUUAUUUUUUUUUUUUUAAUUAUAACAGACAAUAAAAACAAAGUAUUGUGUUGUAUUCAUCAAGAUAGAUUAUGAGGCCAAAAAUAAUUAUAUAUGAAUGUCAUAUGUAUCUCAAAUUGUAUAAUUUAUUUAUUUCCAUCUAAUGAGUAUUUUGAAUGUUUAAAUUUUAUAUGUAGUUCAUACUUAUGGAAUAAUGUAUUUAAUUAUUAAAUAAUAUUUUAUCCUGAAAUAAUAAUUUGAUAUUAAAUUUAAUAUGUACAAAACUUACCUACCUAAACAAUUAAUAAUUUCUUUCAUAAAUGUUAUAUUUGACCUAAUAUGAAUAGUAUUUUAAUAAAACACAAAACACUUUUUGGCUUUCACAAACUGAAACAUUUAAAAAUCAUAACUGAUAACUGAUAAUUAAAUUGUUAUCUUAUUGGGAUUAGAGCCAAUCGGAGAACAGGAUUUCCAUAGGGUACUCUAACAAUGUACCUACGCUUUACUUGGAUACAUGCGUCCAGGGCACCAAAUUAAUGAAUGAUAAUACUCCCAAAAUAAAUUGGAUAGAGCGUUAACCUUUAACCAGCAUCUCUAAGACAUUAAGAACUAAUUUAAAACUAGAAUUAAUAUUAUUAGUAAAUAAACAAGCUGGGGUUACCAAGCUAAUGUCCUCCGCACACCAGCCUUGUAAAGUAUUGUGCCCCAAUAUGGGGGAUAUGUAUACAAUGUGUACAUACAAAAAAAGGUUGUUACUCAACUGAAUAACACUAUGAAAGUUAUAACUGGAUGUGUCUAGUCAUUCAAGCUGCAAUAAUUCCCAAUCGUUUCGUAUAUGACCCAAUUCAAAAGACACCUUGCAAUCAUUAAAAUUGUACAGAAAUUCAAUAGUGCAAAGGACUUCCCAGUAAAUAACGACAUAAACAACGGACGUAAUAAAAUAAUAAAAUCGGUAUACCCGAUUUUAAUGCACCAAGUGACUCACUAUAAUUAUUUUUAACCAAAUCACAAUAAAACAUGAUACAAUUUAAAAUCGGAACAGCCUGUAGUGAGCCGGGGACUGGUUAACGCAACUCAAAACCAUAUUAUAUUGAUAAAGUCACCUGUGAUGCACUUCUCUUUUGUGUUUGAUGGAUUUAAGAAUUUGAAAAAAAUACUGAUUUAUUAUUGAGACUCGGGCGUAGGAUCCGUAGAUCGAACAUACUAGAGAACGAUUCCAACGGUCGUUCGGUCUUUCAAACAAACUAAGUCUAGUCAAAGUCUUGUCCAAGUCUAACAACAUACUAUAGCGGCACGUUAUGUAUACACGAUUAAUUUCAAGGGGUGCCGCGCAACGCGGACCUAACAGGACCUCCGAGAGAAAACGCGCGUUCAAAAACCAAAAGCGGUUCCCAUCCAGGCUCAUGCAAGUCAUGUCGCCUUUACCCAGGACGGCCGUGUCUUACAACAACUAUCAAAUAAAUAAAACAUUUUCUAAAACAAAAACAACCAUCGCCUAUUAUAAUGACCCCGAACACCGAUUACAAUAUAACAAGAGUAAAAACUUAUUAAAAUUGUAAGUGUAAAAUUAACUAAAUCGAAUAUUAAUGAGUAUAAAAAACACGGGGGCUCCGUUUAGGAGACCCGACGGAAAAUAGUAGUAAUUCCAGAUUACCGCAAGCCAGUUCCGGGUAG